AUGGCUGCUCAAGAGCUCCUUAUCACUGGAACCCUGCCGGCUUUUCAAGUUUCCAGUAACGUCUUCAUCCCAUUUCCACCGCCUCCUCUAAGAGAUGGCUCUCUUUGGUGUACUCAAGAAGAGUCGUCAGAUAGGUUGAUGAAUUCUUUGGGUAUGCCAAAGUAUUCAGAUGGAUCUGAGCUUCAAAUGGAUUCACAAUGGGCCGACGUAGAGGAAAUUUAUGGAUAUUGGAUUGUAAUUCCGGUGGCAAGACUUUUACCUCCUCGACUAGAAGGGGUGCAAUUCGAACUACAGACAUUUCCAGUGGAUGCAAAAGCUGUUGCUGAUGCGGAUGGUUUGACUGUUUAUGUUGAUGCUGCUGACCCCAGAGAAGCACCUUACGUUCCCUUGGAUGUACGAGCAGCAUUCUUACGCCGAUCAGAAGCACGUCUGUCCAGGGAUUAUGCGACAGCAGAUGCACUUCAGCAGUUGAUCGCUGAUGCUGGUUAUAGAGUCUUAAAGGGUUCAUACGGUGAGGAUAUUCUUGUCAAGAAGUAUCGGAUACGGUUGAGGGGUAUUGAUGCACCAGAGAUCCAAAUGCCUUAUGGAAAAGAGGCAAAGGUAGAACUCACCGAGCUCCUCCAAGGGAAGUGUUUGACUAUUGGUGUUUACUGCGUGGAUCACUAUGGUCGAUUCGUAGGAGAUAUCCACUGCAAUGGAAAUUUUGCACAUAAAAUAAUGCUCCAGAAAGGGUUCGCAUGGCAUUUUGAAAAGUAUGACAAGCGCCCUGAACUCAAACAGUGGGAGAAAGAGGCUAGAGCUGCUCGCGUCGGACUGUGGGCAUCUCCGAAUCCUCAAAAGCCAUGGGAAUGGAGAAAAAACAAUCCGAGGGAGCACCGAACUGAAAUGAGAGACUUCCUGGGCGCAAUGAAGGUGAAAGAAAUCCCGAGGGCCCUGUUUAGCAGCAGAAAUGUUCAGGUGAAACUGGCAGAAUAUUAA